AUGGCUGAUAAUAAGUUAUAUGAAAUAUUAAGUGUCUCAAGAAAUGCAAGUGAUACAGAAAUUAAACGAAAUUACCACAAGUUAGCAAAAGAAUUUCAUCCUGACGUUAAUCCUAAUGCUGGCGACCGAUUCAAAGAAAUCAGCUAUGCUUAUGAUGUAUUGUCUGAUUCAAAGAAACGUCAAACUUACGACAGAUACGGGUUAAAAGGUCUUCAAGAGGGCGGUCAUGGUGGUGGUGCUGCGCAUGACGAUCUGUUCCGCCAGUUCUUUGGCGAUAUAUUUGGCAUGGGUGGAGGAAGAAGUCGCGGGCGCGCGCGCGGUGAAGAUACAAUCCAUACAUUGAAAGUGUCCUUGGAGGACAUGUAUGUAGGCAAAACGGCUAAAUUACAGCUGAGUAAAAAUGUGAUAUGUGGAGACUGUAAGGGAAUAGGUGGCAAGUCUGGAGCAGUUGUAUCAUGCAGAGACUGUCAUGGACAAGGCCUUAAAGUUUCUUUCCAACAAAUAGCUCCUAAUAUGACACGUCAAUUUCAAACCCGCUGCCCCACUUGCCAAGGUCAAGGAGAGACUAUAAAUGAUAAAGAUAAGUGUCCUAAAUGUAAAGGCAAAAAAGUUUUAAAUGAAACCAAAAUUUUGGAAGUUCACGUUGAAAAAGGAAUGCGUGAAGAUCAAAAAAUAUUCUUCAGAGGGGAAGGUGACCAGGCUCCAGAUAUGGAGCCCGGUGAUGUCAUUAUUGUUUUACAAGAAAAACCACAUGAUGUUUUCCAGAGAACUGGUGAUGAUUUAUACAUGAAAUGUCAAAUUUCUGUAACAGAGGCUUUGUGUGGUUUUACUUCUGUUGUAGAGCAUUUAGAUGGACGGGACUUAUUAGUUAGACAUACAGGUGGAGUUAUCAAGCCAGGAGAUAUUAAAGGUAUAAAAGGUGAGGGUAUGCCACAGCAUAAGAACCCAUUUGAAAAGGGAAAUUUAUAUAUGAAAUUUGAAGUCAAUUUUCCUGAGAAUAAUUUUGCUACUGAAGAGCAACUUAAACAGAUUGAAGCUCUGUUACCACCGCGCCCUGCGUUUGUUAUGCCAACAGGUGAAGAUGUAGAAGAAGUAAAUCUGAUGGAUUACACACCUAGUGAGAGAAACCGAGGCAGGGAAGAGGCCUAUGCUAGUGAUGAUGAAGAGCAUAUGCAUUCUGGGCCCGGUGUACAGUGUGCUCAUCAAUAG